GAAUAAUUUAGCCCAGCCAAGUAAUGGCGUCUGGAAGCAGCAGCAGAAGCCAAACCAACCAAGCAAUUCCCAGAAGUCAAUAUCUAGUAAGUUGGGAAAGUCAAUUAAUUUAAAUUUACAAACAAUAGAUUUGGAAACAGACAAAUCAAUCACAGUUUUGGAAAAAAGAGAGCAUUCGGGGAAGGACAAUACUCCUAUCUUAGGCAAGGAUAUUUUAAAUAUGACAACUAUGCAUUUGGAAGAAUGUGUGAAUCCUGUUCAGGAUUCUGCAACUGUUGCUGAAGCUUCGCUGGCUCCUGUGGAAGAAGGGCAACCACCAUCUACUGCAAAAAAAACACUUUCCCCCUCUUCCGCCUUUGACCCUCCUUCAAUGGUCCAAAAGGCAUUGGCUGAAAACCUGAAUCAACGGAAUAAA